GCCCCGCGCCGGGCGCUCUGCGAGUGACGUACGCGCCGCGGCUCGGACGGCGGGAAGCGGCCAUGGCUGAAUGUGCAUCAGAAAUCAGUGACACAGCUCGUCCUGUCGAAGCCAAGGUAGAAGUCUUGGAUGAAUGUGAGAGUAUUUGGAAGCAGAUUGAAGAGUGUCAGAGCAAGCUAAUGCUUCUAGGAAGAGAGACACUGCUACCAUCAGAUGCCAAGCUUUCCUUGUUAAUGCUGCAAUGGAAAGCUUUAAAAGUAGAUGUUCAUCAGUGGCAAGCAAGAAGUCCUGAAGUAAUUUCUACCAAUCCAGAUGUACUGUUAGAAUUGGGAAAAGAAGAGUUGCAGAAAGUAAAAAAUGAUCUUGAAAUGGUGCUGUCAACAAUUCAGUCAAAGAAUAAACGACUGGAAGAAGAUCUGAAAAGAGAGAAGCAGUGGAAUGAGGAACAGAAACAGAUGCUAGAGACUCUUAAUAAAAUGGAAGAAGAGGCAAAUACCGAAGCUGAACAUCCUUCCAAGAAAAGUUUGAAAACUAGAGAACUCAAUGAGCUGAAAAAUAAACUACUGAAAUUAGAAACCUAUAAGAAAGAACUCUUGAGUGCUUUGGGUGAAUUUCUGGAUGAACAUUUUCCCCCUCCAGAGGAAGGUGAAAAUAUUAAAAAAAAGAACUCUUCGGCAGAGACAGCUGUAGAACUGAUAGCAUUGCAAGAAAUUUUAGAGGUGCUGAUAAACACAAUAAUGACCACUCCUCAUGAACCUUAUAUAACAAUUAAUCAAUCAUUUUGGCCACCUUAUGUUGAGCUGCUGCUGCGAUAUGGAGUGGCCCUGAGACAUCCAGAGGAUCCAAACAGAAUACGCCUCCAAGCUUAUCACAAUUAGUGUGACCUACAUGUGCACUUGAAAACAAAACAACACCAGUCUCUUAAUUCAGGGCUAGGACAUACUUAGGUUUCCUACUAGGCUUUCUUAGUAUCAAGCAUCACUUCUUGUUGAAUGAUCUUUUUCUUUUACAUUAAAAUGGAUAUUUAAGAGCAUAAAACGUAGAAAAAGAAAAAAUAAUAAUCUAUUUUAAGUGCUUACAGUUGGCCUUCAGUGUUAGAUCAAGAUUUACAUUAUGGAAGCUUUUUAUCACUGCUUCUGUAAGAUGCCAAUUCAUGUAACAGACAAAUAUUUUUAACAGUCUUUUUUACUUUAAAAACCAUACUUUAUACAUUACUUGUAUAGAUUAGACUUCUUAGAUUGCCCGAAGUUGUCUCUAUUUCCUUUACUAUUUUCUUGUAUUCUGUAGAGGCAAAAUUCAGAAUAACACCACUCCUGUACAUGGCCUUACAAACAUUUGGAACUAACAGGGAGGUAUCCUGUCAAGAAUGUGUUAUGCCUUGUUUGUUUCUCAGAGCCUUUGCAAACAGUUUUACUGGCUCCAUGAUAAACACCUGGGAAAGCUGACACACCUUUCUGUGCAAGGUGCAGCAGAAGUUGAGUCUGUGCCUUUCACUGCACGCUUCCCAAAUGGCCUACUUUGUGUUAUGCUAUAUUGCCGUAGAGUAUCUGUCUUCACUUUUUCAGACCUAGUUGAUCAAGGCUUUUAAUGGGUCUCUGUUCUGUUGAUCUCUACAGCUUCUAAGUUAUGUCAGUUGAGAGUUACCUUCUGAUUCAAUGCUGCCAUUUUUUGCAAUCUCAGUCUUUUCUGUAGCCAUUUUUCUUGUAUUUUAUUGAGUACAAAAAUUUUACUCUUGCUUAUCUGUAGUGACUAAAUUAUCCUUUAUUAACCAGAUUGUUUUUUAUUGAGGGAGGAGCUUGGGUGAUUUUUUAAUUGAUGGAAAAAUAAAGAGUUUUGUACUAUCAUAUAAUGUUUUUGUGUGAUUGUUUUUAGAAUGGUGUUCAUGUGAUUUGGUGUGAUGACUUGUAAAGAUGAUGUCAGGAUGCAUGGGAGAGGUAAGGGGGACCAGUCUAAGUUCCAGUAGAAUUGCUCUUUUUAGACCAAUUAAAAGUUAAGCAAAAAACAAUCAUUCAUCUUGUGUAGUUUUGAGUGAAUGCUGUUCAUUUUACCCUUCCAACUGGUGAUUAAGCGUAAGUAUAUAAUGUGGUGCGUGGUGUUGUGCAUGAGCAUUGACUUCUUUUUGGUUCAUAUUCCUUGUGUAACUACCCUUCUGUUGUGGUUUAUCUUCUCUUAUGAGCUCUAGAGUCUGACUAAUCUAUACACAUUUACCUUACAGUAUUUUUAAUUAAGAAUUUUAAUAACUGCAUUUUUUGGUUUACAUUUAUAGCAUUGUCUCUUUAGGGUUUUUUCCUUGCUUUGUGUUUAAAUGCUUUGUAUUCUGCUAUCCUUUCAGCUUGUUUAUUAACACUGCUCAAAUGCUUCAUUGACACUGGAUGACUGCUUCUGUCUUGACAUUAAUAAGUAGAAGAAGAAAUGUUAAACACUCAGUAGCCUCUUGUGUUUAAAAAGAAGAAUACUAACCCAUACCACCCACUUCCCAAAUCCAAACCCGAACCAAAGAAUUGAGGAGAUAGGACCGUCUAUAAACAAGUGCUCUAAAGAAGAUGCAAUAUUCAUUAUUCUUCAUACCAAAAUCAAAUCUCAUCCAAGUAAAAUACCAGAACAGAUUUAAAUGAAAGUACUUCGCAUAAAGCUUUACAUUAAAUUAUUGAACUCACUCACUCACUCACUCACUCAUAAAAUAUGUUGUAAGAUUAUAUAUGAACUUGCAAAAAAAUAUUACAGAAUUCAGAUUUGUGAUUAUGUAAGAAAAUUGGCAGUCUGCAGGUUCAGAAUUCUCUAUCCUACUAAUUGUUGGACCCUGAGGAGAUACAUAGAUAUUCCCUGAGAUCCUCCUGCGGCUCCACAGCAUCUUCAGCAUUCUCUGAAGCCUUUCUGCUUAGGCCCUGGAUAUGCUCAGAACCCAAAGGUUCGGUGUAGAGCUUUUUCCUAAGGAGGGAUUGAAUCAGUGCAGCAGAAGAAAAGUUGUAGAAAGAGACAAUCCAUUUUCUCUCAUGGCCUAAAAUGCAUUGCCAGUUUUUAAGAGAAGCUGGUUUAGACUGAAACAGAGCUAGCUGAAAGCUGUAGCUCCUAGAAAAAUCCUGACAAGUAAAUUGAAGCAAAUCAAGGCAGUGAUGAAGAACAGAUCUUCCUUAUGAAAAAAAACUAGGAGUAAGCUCUUUCAUCAGUACUUUCAACAAUCAGGAACGUUAGGGUGUAUGUUGAAGGAGUAGGAUAAUUUCUCCAUUUUUUGUCUCCUUGCAUGUCUAAGUAACAGUCGUUUGUUUGGAAUUAACACCUCUAUUAAAUGCUAAUAUUGUGA